AUGAAGGAUGAAGAAAUUAUCAAACUUAAUAUUUUGGGAAAAGAUUCUAUCCAUAUUGGACUUCACUUAUGGCCACAUAUAAUUAAUGAACUAUUUACAUAUAUAUUUUCUCCAACAUAUGUAAUCAUUACGGAUUCAAAUAUUGAAACCUUAUAUAUUCCUAAUUUCAAAACAUAUUUCAUUUCUAUGGCAAAACAAAAAUCUAUUAAUUCUCGUCUUUUAUUUUUUACAAUUCCUCCUGGAGAAAAAUCAAAAUCAAGAAAAACAAAAGCACUUAUAGAAGAUUGGCUUUUAUCAGAAAAAUGCACAAGAGAUACUGUUAUAAUAGCUAUAGGGGGUGGCGUUAUAGGCGAUCUCGUAGGCUAUGUCUCUGCAACAUUUAUGAGGGGAGUUCGUUUUAUUCAAAUUCCUACAACUCUUUUAGCUAUGGUAGAUUCAUCUAUUGGAGGGAAAAAUUCUAUAAAUACACCUUAUGGAAAAAAUCUAAUUGGUACUAUUUGGCAACCGGAAAGAAUUUUUAUUGAUUUUACAUUUCUUGAAACACUUACAGAAAAAGAAUUUAUAAAUGGUAUAGCAGAACUAAUUAAGACUAUUAUUAUAUGGGAUGAAUCAGAAUUUGCAACUCUGGAAAACAUUUCAGAAAAAAUUGCAAAAAAAGUGAGAUCAAUGUCAUUAACAUCUAAUAAACAUUCAAAACUUAAUGAAAUUAUAAAAGAUCUUAAAAGAUAUAUUAUAUCUUCGAUAAAAAUCAAAGCUCAUAUUGUUUCUAUUGAUGAAAAAGAAAAAGAUCUUAGAACUCUUUUGAAUUUUGGCCAUUCUAUAGGACAUGCAAUAGAAACAAUCCUAGCUCCCCAUAUUCUUCAUGGAGAAUCUAUUUCUAUCGGGAUGGUCAAAGAAGCAGAACUUUCUAGGUAUUUAGGUAUACUAAAUCCUAAUGUGGUAUCACGACUCAUUAAAUGUUUAAAUACAUGGGGUUUGCCUACAUCUCUUAAAGAUAGACGAUUUAAAGAAGUAACUUUGGGAAAAAAACAUUUAAUAGAAGAUAUUCUCGAAAUUAUGACUAUAGACAAAAAAAAUGAUAGUAGUAAUAAAAAAAUAGUCCUUCUUUCAGCAAUAGGAAAAACAUAUGAAAAAAAAGCAUCUUUAGUAUCUGACAAUGAUAUUAGAACUAUUUUAUCACAAAAUAUCCUUUUAUAUGGUAUUCCACUAAAUGCAUUUCAAAAACACACAACAAUUACUCUUCCCGGAUCUAAGUCGAUAUCUAAUAGAGCAUUAAUUUUAGCUUCACUUUCUAACGGAAUUUGUUAUUUAAAAAAUUUUUUACAUUCGGAUGAUACAUAUUACAUGCUUUCUGCUUUAGAAAAACUAAAUGCAGCAGAAUUCAAAUGGGGACAAGAUGGAGAUGUAUUAGUCGUUAAAGGAAAAUCAGGAUACCUUGAAAACCCCCAAAUGGAAUUAUAUCUGGGAAAUUCAGGAACAACAGCUAGGUUUUUAACUAGUAUUUGUGCACUAGUACCACCUGAUUCAAAUAAAAAUCAUUUAAUAUUAACAGGAAGUCAUCGUAUGAAACAGAGACCUAUUGGCCCUUUAGUAGAUGCUCUUAGAAAUAAUGGAUGUUGUAUAGAAUAUCUUGAGUCAGAAAAUUGCUUACCAUUAUUAAUUAAACCAAGGAAAUUAGGAUUUUGUGGAGGACAUAUUAGUCUUUCCGCUACUAUUUCAUCCCAAUAUGUAUCAUCAAUUUUAAUGUGUUCACCAUAUGCAAAAACACAAGUAACUCUUUCAUUAAUUGAAGGAAAACCAAUAUCUCAACCCUAUAUAGACAUGACUAUUUCUAUGAUGUCAUCAUUUGGCAUUAACAUAACCAGAUCUCAUUCAAAAGAAAAUACAUAUUAUAUUCCAAAAGGAUGCUACACCUGUCCCUCUGAAUAUAUAAUUGAAGGCGAUGCAAGUUCAGCUACUUAUCCUUUAGCAAUUGCUGCAAUAACAGGUGGAAGCUGUACUAUAUCUAAUGUUGGUAGUAUUUCAUUGCAAGGAGAUUCUAAAUUUGCAGAAUAUAUUUUAAAACCUAUGGGAUGUGAAGUGGUCCAAUCGCCUACAACUACAUAUAUAAAGGGUCCUCCAAAAGGAAAACUCAAAUCAUUGGGGACUAUAAAUAUGGAAUUAAUGACUGAUACUUUUUUAACUGCAGCAGUUUUAGCCUCUGUUGCUUAUGAAGAAUCAAAACCAUAUAUUACGAAAAUCACCGGAAUUUCUAAUCAAAGAAUUAAAGAAUGUAAUAGAAUCGAUGCUAUGAUUUGUGAGCUUAAAAAAUUUGGAAUAGAAGCAGGUGAACUUCCUGAUGGAAUAUAUGUAAAAGCACAAAAUAUUUCCAAUCUUUCAUAUCCAGUAGAAGGAAUAAAUUGCUAUAAUGAUCACAGAAUUGCAAUGAGUUUUAGUGUUUUAGCAUGCAUCUCCCAAAAACCAACUACUAUUUUAGAUAAAGCUUGUGUCAAUAAAACCUGGCCUUAUUGGUGGGAUAUUUUAAAUUCAGCUUUCAAAGUUCAAAUGAAAGGAAUUGAAUUCGAUUUAAACCCCGAAAUCAAUUCAUCUAUUUUACAUCAUCCAUCAAAAUGCACUAUUUUUCUUAUUGGAAUGAGGGGAGUUGGAAAAACAACUUUAGGACAACUUGCAGCUGACUUUCUUGGGCGGAAAUUUAUUGACUUAGACUCAAUUAUUGAGGAAGAUAUUAAAACAACAAUCUUGGAAUUCAUUCAAAAAUAUAACUGGGAUGCUUUUAGAAGAAAAGAACUACAUUUUCUCAAAACUCUUUUAACAGAAAAAAAAGAAAACUAUAUUGUAUCUUGUGGAGGUGGCAUUAUUGAGACUGAAGAAGCUAGAAAUCUCUUAAUAUCUUAUAUAAAAGCUAAUGGAAUUGUUAUACACAUUCAUCGUAAUAUUCAAGAUAUUACUAAAUAUUUAAAUACUGACAAAACACGCCCUGCUUAUCAAGAUGAUAUAAUGCACGUAUGGGAAAAACGAAAAAGAUGGUAUAAUUUAUGUAGUUCUCAUCAGUUUCACAUGAUUUCAAUAGAUUCUACAAAAUUUAAAAAAAGGGAUAUACCGUUAAAUCUUAAGUCCUCUUUUAAUAAUUUUUUAAGAACGAUUACAGGGAAAAAUGACAUCUUCUCUCUAAUUUUGAAAAAAAAAAGAAGCUAUUUUUUAUCUUUAGCAUUUUCUGACCUUGAAAACAUUUUUUCUUUACUCGAUAUUAUAACAACUGGAUGCAAUGCAAUUGAAUUAAGAAUUGAUUUAUUUCAAAAACCUGAGGAAAUUGGCAAAUAUCCAAGUUUAGAAUAUAUAGCAGAGAAAAUAUCGCUACUUCGUCAAAAAACUAAUCUUCCUCUGAUUUAUACGUUGCGUACAACGAAUCAUGGAGGAUCUUUUCCUUCUUCUGAAAAAAAAUUAGCAAAAGAAUAUAUAUUACAUGGUGCAAAAUUGGGAUUUGAAUUUCUUGAUAUAGAGUUAGACAUAGCAUCUGAAUUAUUUAAAACCAUAAAUAACUCUUGGCCAUAUGUAAAGAUAAUUGUUUCUUUUCAUAAUAUUAAGAGACCAAUAUCCUGCGAUGAUUUUGAAUGGAUACAAAAAUACAAAGAAGCUCAACACUAUGGCCAGAUUAUAAAAUUAGUAGGAACUUCAUCAUCAAUUGAAGAUAAUUUCUUAUUAGAAGAAUUUAAAAACAAAAUUAUUAAUAAAAAAAUACCUUCAAUAAUAAUAAACACAGGCAUAAAAGGCCAGUUAUCUAGAUUAAUGAAUACAUUUAUGACGCCUGUUACUCAUCCAUUGCUACCAUCCAAAAUAGCACCUGGACAACUAUCAAUUAAAGAAAUUAACACUGCACUUCAUAUAAUGGGUCUUCUUCCAGAAAAAAAAUAUUUUCUUUUUGGAAAACCUAUUAAGUAUUCUCAAUCACCUAAUAUUCAUAAUUUAGGUUUUGAAAUUUUAGGUCUUCCAUAUAAAUAUCAAUUAUUUGAAACAGAUUCCAUUAGUGAACUUAAAGAAAUAUUACAUUUAGAAGAUUUUGGAGGAGCUUCUGUUACUAUUCCACUAAAAACAAACAUAUCAAUUUUAUUAGAUGAAAUAUCAGAUCAUGCAGCAUUAAUUGGAUCUGUCAAUACUAUAACAAAAAUAUAUAAUAAUGGUCAAUAUAUUCUUAAAGGUGAAAAUACAGAUUGGCAAGGAAUAAUAAAAGUAAUAAACAAUUUUAACAAAUCCGAAAAAUCCUUCGAAAGUUUCUCAGGUUUUAUAAUUGGAGCAGGAGGAGCAAGUAGAGCAGCUAUAUAUGCAUUGCUUUCUCUUGGAAUAUCUCCAAUUUAUGUUAUAAAUCGAUCCAAAGAUAAACUAAAUAAAUUACAUUAUUUUUUUAACACAGAUCGCAUAAUUCCUAUAACAGAAUAUCAUGAAUUAAAUAAUAUAAAUUUUGAUAUUCGAAUAGGGAUCUCUACAAUACCAGCAGAUAACCCAAUAGAUCCUUCUGUUCUAGAAAUAGCAAAAAAUCUUUUUAAUUUAAAAAGAAAAUCAUCAGAAGGUAUAUUUUUAGAUAUGGCAUACGGAUCAGAUACAACAGAACUUAUUAGUAUUGCAGAAGCAUACAAUUGGAAAACUAUACAUGGUUUAGAAAUUUUGCUAGAACAAGGUUCAGAACAAUUUUUAUUAUGGACCGAAACAUAUAUCCCUUAUAAUCAAGUAAAAUAUGCCAUAUUAGGACCAAACAAAUAACCAUUAUUUUAGACAAAUAAUAAUUCAAAACA